AUGGCGCCUGCACAGCAAAAGAGGAAGCGCCCGCAGGACGACCACCAGACGCGCGCCUCACCUCACCGUCCCGAGAACCUCAAUCUGGCUCAGCANGAACCAGCGCAACAACCGUCGCAAUGGGAAUGGAAGCCAGAACCGCUCAAACAACUCGACUCCCACCCACAACCGCCAUGCCAACUUCUCCCAACCUGGUUCCGCCAGGAACUCGCCCGCUCAACCUCCGCACACUCCACAGCAGAGUGCGCAACCGCAACUGCCGCCGCAACAACAGCAGCAGCAACCCGAGCCCGCACGCCCUGCCCUGACCUCAACACCCUCUGCUACGCCCGCUCCACCUCUCGUCCUCCCUCAGUACCCGCCGACGCCAAAGGAACCCCCGCUCCUUAUGCCUACGACUACUUGACAGACGAUGCCGUGAGUGCCUGGCAGGCAAAGGGAAAGCAGUCGGUUCUGGACGCUCUGGAGAAGGCAGAAGACAAGGAUAUGAUGUCGAGCGCAGUCAUACAAGAGCUACUGAGAACAACGCUGGAUGGUCGCUUGUCUGCUGGAGAGUGCGCCGAAGUGCUGAAACAAGUUGCUCCCACCGAUGAGCUGCAGUCUGUCUUUGCCGACACGCUGGCUCUGCUCGACGAAGCCGACUGGAAGAAUCCCGUUCUCAAGACGCUCAUCCACCAUGCCGGUCUCUCUGCCCAUCUUCUCCGCAACGAGCUCGACAUUGAACCGCUGUCUGCUCUUGGCCUUGUGCGCAACACUUUCUCGACCAUUCGCAACCGCAAGACGACCAACCUCAUUUACCGCCAGGCCAACUUCAAUCUGCUGCGUGAAGAGUCCGAGGGUUACUCCAAACUCAUCACCGAAUACUUCAACGCUGCCAAUGCUGGUUCAACCUCGGAUCUCAUCGCCGAAGAUACGUUCCAACGCAUCAAGGCUCUCGUUGGAUCCUUCGAUCUCGAUGUUGGCCGCGUACUGGACAUUACUUUGGACGUCAUGGCCAACCUUCUGAUCAAAAAUUUCCGCUUCUUCAUCAAGUAUCUACGCUCGAGUUCGUGGUGGCCCGAACAACACGUCCCUGAAGGCUUCCACACUCGAGGCCAGGGCUUUACUUCUCUUCCAGCGUGGGCUCUUCCUCACUCUGGAUCCUGGAGUCAGACUGCGGAACAGCGUGCUCAGCUGGCCGCUCUCAAAGAAGCUCGCGAUGUAGAUUUCUGGCAGCAGGUGCGCAAGGUGGGCAUGGAUGCUUUCUUCGAGAUUGGCGCUCUCCACAUGACAAACCUCGAUGCGGCCGCUGUUGCCGACCUUCUCGACACCGAAGUCAAGCCCGAAUUGGAUGGCAGAGGUCGUGAAAUGAACAUGAUCCGUCGCCUUCGUACCAAUAACGCUCGCAAAUGGAUGCGUCAAACUGGGUGCGUCGUACCNCCUGGCAACUCGGACGCCGCUCAACUACUCGGUUUUAAGCUCGCCUUCUAUUCUUCGGCUGCACGCGACAAGCAUGAUGUCCUCCCUGACAAUCUCAUCUACCUCGCCGCUUUCCUGAUCAAGAUUGGUUUCAUCUCCCUGAGAGACCUCUACCCUCACUUGUACCCGCCGGAUGAGAAGAUGGGCGAGACCAAGGAGAGAUUGGAAAAGGAAAAACUCGAAAGGGAAAAGGCCGCAAAGCCUGGUGGCGGUGCUCUCAAUGCUCUCGCCAUGGCUGGCGCCCUCGCAGAUGACACUGCACCUGCUCCGCAUCCUGCUGUUCGCAGCUUACGAGACAAUGCCUCUGGACGAGCUACUCCCAAGGUUGAGCCCGAUGCUGCUGAAGCCGCUGCUGAGGACGGCGAGAAGGAAGCUUUGCCUGAGCCCGCUAAUCAGAAGGCCGCUUUAGUCAAGAGUCUACUCGCCAUUGGCUGUCUGCCCGAGGCUUUGUACAUCCUUGGCAGAUUCCCUUGGUUGACUGAUCUUGUUCACGAACUACCCGACUACAUCCAUCGCGUUCUCCACCACAUGCUCACCAAGGUCUACGAACCUGCCAGACCUCUCGCCAAUAGACCUGGCAUGAACGACGCCCGACCUCACAUCGGCGAUCCUACUGGCUUGCCCAAGGGCCAGCUCAACCUCACCCCUGCACCACCAACAAAGACUCUGAGGUGGGCCAACCUCGAUCGUCCUGAUUAUGGCGACGCAGUCGAGUACAAGUUCUACUGGGACGACUGGGUGGACAAUAUUCCCAUCUGCCAGUCGGUAGACGAUGUCUUCCAACUUUGCAGCACCUUCCUGAACUUGACCGGUGUCAAGAUCGGUAGAGACUCUGCUCUCUUGAUGAAGCUCGCUCGCAUUGGUAAGAAGAGUUUGACUGAUGAUCCUUCAGACACCAACUAUGCUCGAUGGAUUGAUCUUUGCAAGCGGCUUCUGGUCCCUGCUCUCAGUCUGACCAAGCACAACACUGGCGAUGUCAACGAGAUGUUUGAACUUCUCAAAUUCUUCCCCACCAGCACCCGCUACUCCAUCUAUGCUGAGUGGCACUACGGCAACACGUCCCGCCUUCCUGACAUCAAAUCCGCCUUCGACCUCACCAAGGCCGAGACAAAGGAUGUUCUCAAACGUAUCAGCAAGACCAACGUGAGAGCCAUGGGAAAGGCACUAUCCAAAGUUGCCUUCUCUUCUCCUGGUAUUGUCAUGCAAGUUGCUAUUCAUCAAAUGGAGUCAUACGACAAUCUUAUUGAUGUUGUCGUGGAAUGCGUUCGCUACUUCAGCAUGCUUGGAUAUGAUGUUUUGACCUGGUGUUUGAUGAACGCACUUGGAGGUGGUGGUAGAAAUCGAGUACAAGCUGAUGGUAUGCUUACCAGUCCUUGGUUACGUGCUCUUUCGACCUUCGCUGGUUCCAUUUUCAAGCGCUACUCGGCUAUGGAUCCUUCUCCAAUCCUACAAUAUGUCACAAACGAGCUCCGUGCCGGCAAUUCUACCGACCUCGAGGUUCUCGAGCAGAUCAUCACCGAGAUGGUUGGUAUCAAAUCUGAUAUGACCUUCAACGAGUCCCAGGUUCUUGCUAUGGCGGGAGGGCCCGUUCUCAAGGCUCAAACACUCAUCUCUUUGCUUGAUGAAAGACACAAGAUGGAAAAGCCAUCUCGUCGUCUGAUCAAAGCACUUACCGAGCCUGGGCUGGCUGGCCAACUAUUGAUCUCCGUCGCACAGGAAAGUCAGAUGUACGCCCACCAUGAAUCCACUCAAGACGCGCCUUUGAAGGUUCUUGGAAACAACAUGGACAAGCUCUACCAGGUCUUCAACCAAUAUCUCGAGACUCUGCGAAGUACAUUGUCACCAGACGAGUUUGAUGCCGUCGUCCCAGACACGGUUAGCCUGAUGGGUGACUUUGGUCUCGAGCCAUCGCUUGCCUUCAUGAUCGGGCGUACAAGUGUUGCUCAUGCUAUUGCCGAGAGCGACGCUGCUAAAAAGGCUGAACAACAAGCCAGACGAUCAAGCCAGUCAGCUAUUGCCAAUGGCGAUGUCGCUAUGGCAGAUGCUGACGAGAAGGACGUCAAAAGCGAGGAAGUCACCUCGCCACCCACUGAGGAGAAGCCUGUGCUCUCCCUCACCGAGACAGAUGCAGAGAUGAAGAGUGUUGCACAUGCCAAUGGGGUCGAUACCACAACACCAACUCCAUCUCCCGAGACACAUUGGCAUCCUGUUUUGACCCCACUCAUCGAAAAGACACGGGAGCUUCUCGGCGACAAGCUGGAGCAGAGUAUUAGCAUUCCAUUCUACGUCACUUUCUGGACCCUUGGACUUGAGGAUAUUCUGGUCAACACCAAUAGCUAUGAUCAGGAACUCGCCACACAAUCUCACCUCAUCAACCAAAUAAACAACGAUCGCACUGAUGUUACUGGCAAGGGCAUGCAAGAAAAGGAUAAGAGAAAGAAGACUAUCACUGAGUUGAGGGAAAAGCUCACCCAGGAAAUGAAGAGUCAAAUUGGCGCCUACACUCAGGUCCGCAACAGAUUGAACAAGGAGAAGGACCACUGGUUCACCGACUUCCAUAACAAGGUUGAGCUUUUGCACACCAGUCUACUCCAAAACUGCUUCCUCCCGAGAAUGAUGAACUCGCCUCUAGACGCUCACUACACUUACAUGAUGUUGAAGUUCCUCCACAACAAUGGUGCUCCCGGAUUCCGAACUAUGCAUCUGCUGGAUCGUCUUUUACGCAAGAACCAAUUGUCAUCACUCAUGUUCCAAUGCACGCCCAGAGAAUCCGAGAAUCUUGGUCGCUUCCUGAAUGAAGUCCUGAAGGAGCUUUCGUCUUGGCAUGCUGACAAGGCUGCGUACGAAAAGAAUGCGUUCGGAGCAAAGAAGCAACUUACCGGUUUCGCCAGGAAACUGAACCCGGACAACACACCACAAACUUUCCUCAACUACGAAGAAUACCGUGUACUACUUUACAAGUGGCACUCGAACUUGAACGCCGCUUUUCAAAUGUGUCUCGACUCUGGCGAGUACAUGCAUAUUCGUAAUGCCAUCAUCGUCUUUAAGGCUGUUGCCCAACAGUUCCCAGUCGCAGAGCCAAUGGGCAAGAUCAUCCUUGAUGCCGUUACUGCUCUCAGCAAGGCUGACGGCAGAGCUGAUCUCAAACUUGCUGCUGCCAGUACGUUGGGCGACAUCCGCAAGAGACAGUCUUCUUGGGUUUCCAAGGAGCACUUUACAGGAGUGAGUACCGCAACACCACCGCCGAACAACAAAUCUGACACUAUCAAGAAACCCGAUCCCAAUGCCAAGCCUAUUCCUUCACGAGCCGAGACCCCUGCUUCUCGUACUUCGACACCCCUCAACCCUGCAGCUCAAGCCUUCAAGGCUCCUCCUGUUCCAGCUCAGCAAGGUGAAUCGGAGGACGGAGAGAUCGACGACGACAAGCAAGCCACAGGCAAGUCAACAGCUACUGACGAGAAGUUGGAGUCACUGCCAGAGAGGAAGGCUGCUCUUAAGCCAUUACCAAGGGCCAACGAAGGCCAGUCGGGAGCUCACACUCCCUCGCAACGCAACGAUUCUAGACCUUCAUCAACACAGCCCACCAGGAUGCCUCACUCUCUGCCUAGCAAGCCAGAACUUCCUCCCACUACGAGACAGCAACCAGGACGAGGACCUGCACAACUACCUCCUCGACACGAAUCUCACGAGCGUGGUCAUCCUUCUGAGUAUGGACGACUUGAUAGACCUAGCGAGGCCAUGCGCUCCAACCCUACCGGUAUGCCGAGGGAAGCAUCUCCACCUCUGGGAGCACGUGGAGGCAGAAGCCGUCAGAGAUCACCAGACUACCCUCCUCGUGAUGACAGACGCGAUCACUAUGGCAGACCCCAGCCUCCAGCCGUGCAAGAGCCACGCAUGGCUGAGCGUGAUCAAUACGGACCUGCCAGACCUCAUCCUGGAAGAACUCUUCUGCAGGAGAACAGAGGAUACCCUGGUGGUCCCAGCCCAAUGGCUCCUCCCGAACGCUCAGGCUACGAUAGGUCCGAACGUCCAGAGCGUUCUGAACGUUCUGACCGUACUGAUCGCGAACGUUCCGAUCGCCCGUCCAUGAGUCGAGCAUCUUCUCAUCCUGCUCAGCCGCCAGAGCCUGCAGUCAUUGUCAACCCGGAACGCCUUGCCAGAAUUACUGGCGAUGUACCUCCCAACGAUCGCAGAUCGAGAAAUUCGUCUCGUGAUGACAGGAGAUCGAGAGACUCAAGACCGCAAUCGCCCAAGAGACCCGUUGAUCCCCCACCACCAGCAUCAAAGGAAGCACCACGCAGACAGCCUCUUGAUCCCAAUCCCUUCGCCGCACGUGACAGUCAUCGUGCCCAGCCUGAGAAGGUGGAGAAGCGAGAGGAACCGCCACCGACCGGACCUGCAGCGGGCAGAAGUGGACGAGGAGGUGGUCGCAACGAUGUACCUCCCAAGUCUGUCGCCCAGGAUCUGUUUGAGCCUUCACGCGGUUCUAGAAGAGCCGUUGAUACGCAAAUGCAAGAUCCAAACUAUGGACGCUUGAGCUCUGCACCAGAGCCACCUUCUGGACCCCCUAGUGGCCCCAAAGGCUUUGGCAACAAUGGUCCUAGAAAUUUCUCUGGGCAAGGUGUUCCCAAUGGCCGCCCUGGCGAUGCAAGAGAUGCACCACACAAUGCCCCUCAGGAGCCGAGCAGUAGUCGCAACAGACGUCCUCACCAUGAUCGUCAAGGCUCGCAACAAUCGCCAUUCCCGCCGAUUCCACCUCCGCCCCCACCUUCGGGCCCCGCACCAGGCUUUGCUCCACAGCCUGCUCAGCCAGAAGUUGUAGGUAUCCACCCCAGCCGCCUUGGUCAACUCCCCGAAAUUAUACAGCAGAGUGCAUCCACACCUACGGGACCGCGUAUGGGUAUGGGCAACCCAUCUGCUCCGAACACACCUUCCGGGCCAUCAUCAGCUACAUCUCGUGCUCCGGCUGGACCUGCAAGUGAUCGUCGGAACAAUGGCACAGACCGCAGAUUUGCUUUGCUGAACGACACAUUGCAGAGCGGGAAUCCGAAUGGCGCAUCCAUAAGAGGACGAGCCGGCGGACGCCAAGGACAAGGCUCCAAUCCAAUGAUGUCUGCAUCUGCCGUGCCCAGCCCUGUUUCCACACAAUCACCCGCCAUGCCUUCAACAGCAAUGAGAAACGACUUCUCCACGCCAACCUCUGCAUCUAGAGAUCAAGACGGCAACCGACGUCACGAGGACCGCGAACAGAGAGAUUCGAGACGUCAUGGCCGUGAUGGAGGUGAAUCUCGCCAUUCGAAUCAUGGCAGCCAUGGUCAUGCUGCAGCCAACCCUUUACCUCCACCCCACCACCUGCAGACGACUACCGCAGUCAUCAAUCCUCCGGCCGCGGACCUAGGUCUUCGCGGGGUGGCAACGAGAGAGAUGGAUAUGGUGGUGGUAGAGGCACUGCACCACCCACACCUACAUUGUCUUCUGCUGCACAACCGCUUCAAGGCUUUGCACCUCCCUCUCAGCAAGGCGAUGCUUCUGGCUAUGGUGGUGGCAGAGUGCCGAGAUACGAAGGCGAUGAUCGAGGUGGCAGCGAGUAUCAUCGUCGCGAAAGCCGCGGCAAUGAUGGAAACUCAGGAAGACGCGAUGAUGGAAAUGGAGGCGGACAUAGGCGAGGCGGUGGCAAUGAAGACGGAGGUAGUGGACGACGAGGUGGUGGUGGACAGCAGGGUGAUGCGGGACAAGCACAACAAGGACAAAUUCGUUCAGAGAGAAAGAGAAGAGGUGAAGGUGAGCUCGGUGGACAUGAAGGUAAGAGGAGAAGAUAGCUUGCUCCUUUACCAUUUGCAUGUUCACUGGCUGUUUUUGGUCUAUGACAAAUUAGGAAGAGAAAUUCGAUGCAUACAUUUUAUUCUGUUCAAAACCUACAAGCUUCUUCAUUUUUCUCCCGGGGGUGUCGCUUGA